AUGUUCAACCAAGCCUGUAAGCUUUUUGUGGGAGGACUCAAGGUAGACACCAAUGAUGACGGGCUGCGCAAGCAUUUCGAGCAGUUUGGCACCCUCAUCGACUGUGCCGUCAGAAAGAUCGACUGUGCCGUCGUCCCACACAAGACGGCGCAACGCUCUCGCUGUUUUGGCUUUGUGACCUACUUAACACCAGAGGAGGCCAACGCAGCCAUGGCGGCAAGUCCACACACAGUGGAAGGGAACUGGGUUGAGGUCAAACGAGCUGUUCCAAAGAAACAGGCCGAUGAGUCUGAAGCUCGUGCCAAGGUGAAGAAAAUCUUUGUUGGUGGCUUGAAAAACGACAUCCAAGAGGACGACCUCACCGACUACUUCUCUCAGUAUGGUGAAGUGGAAAACUCUGAAAUCAUCUCAGAGAAGACGACCGGAAAGAAACGGGGUUUCGGCUUUGUGCACUUCACGGAUGACUAUGCGGCAGACAUGGCCGUGGCUGUGCCUUUCCACACAGUGAACGGACACAGGGUUGAGGUAAAGAAAGCUGUUCCCAAGCAGGAGAUGCAGGCACCCAGCAGAAUCAGAAUGACGCCAAGAGACAAUUCACGCCGCACCAUGAUGGAAAACCAAAACGACGCCAUGGAUUAUGGCCAAAAUUACGGCUAUGGAAAUGGCGGAGGAUAUGGCGUUUAUGGGGGGUGCUGCUGCCCAUGCAGAGGCGGCUGUUCCGACCAACAAAAUGGUUACGGAGGCGGCAAUUCCUACCAGCAAAAUGGUUACAGGGGCAGGAAUGGCUACAAAGGUCGUGGCCAUGGCCAGCAGUCUUCUGGCUCCGGUCCAAUGAAAAAGUCUUUUGGUGGUCAGAGAAGCUCUGCUCCUUACACAAGAGGCAAACAGUAAAGACUUAGAGGAAACGUGAAAUAAUUGUAGGAAAUUCACGUUUCAGAACACCUAAAUUAAUAAACAAACUUUUUAUGAUAAUAGGAAAUACAAAAAUGAGGAUU